AUGGCCCGACUAAACGAGACGAGCAAGGAUGCCCACGACCAGGGUGCUCAGAACGACACACAAACCAUUCCAGCAGAGUCGCACCUUGAGUACGGCGACUUUGAGAAUGACGACGACCUCACCGAAGCGGAGAAGGCGACUAUUAGACAGAAGCUCGCCACCCGCAAGAGACAGGUCACUUUUGGCCGUGGAGACGGCCAAGGCAACAGCGAGGACGAGGGCAAUGACGUCAACGCCGCUGAACGCCGACGACAGUCUUGUAGACAGUCUCUUAAGAAAGCCGUUAAGCCAGCGGAUAAGACUUCUAUAGAACUAGGCUACGACGACGACACGGAUGACAUGUAUCUACGUUUUUAUGGCAUCCACGACAACGAUGAGCGCGAGAUCCUCGCGGACAUGAGGAACGUUGACGACUUCACCGCUUGCAUCGCUGAACAUGCUGAGAGUGUCUUUGGACACCUAGCAGAUUUGCUUAGUCAGAUAGCUGAACAAGCCGAACAGCUAGACCAAGCACAUAAUGAAGCCCGUGUACAACAAGAAGCAGCUGACGCCCGCGUGGAGCGCGCCCAGACGCAAGCUCGCGCUGCCGCCGCAGACGAGCUUGCCCAAGUCACCCAGAAAUGCAACCGCAUGAUCACUACUAAGAACAGCUACGCUUCACGGCUAGCAGUGCUCGAAGACGAGCUUGCAGCCUCGCGCGAGUCAAACGUGAAGCUCUACUCCCAGAUUAGCGACCUCUACAACGAGAGGAGUGUCCUGCAACAGCACGCGGGCGUCCCGACGAAUGGAAAUUUAUAUGACACGCGCCCAGCUCAGUUCCAGUCGUCCCCUCCUCCAAUGACUGCGAACCCGUUCAUUGGCACUGGCACUCACGACUUGAUGCUGCCUCCCCCUAUGGCACAUCAUCAGAAAAACCGACCCCUAGCUCGGUCUGCUGUAUCGGACAACCUCACUGCAACGGGUGCAAAGCUGAAGGAUAUUGACAUCUUUCGCGGAGACAGCACCGACAAAGAGGACUACAAGUAUUGGCGCCGCAGCGCCAGGAACUUCUUAAACAAAACUACUAUCCACACAACUGUUCAAGAUCAGCUCGACUACCUGAUUGACCACUUGCGAGGACCAGCCGCUGCACAGGUGGAAUAUAGAGCAGCCCCCGGAGCUCGUAACGCCUACGUGACAGCGGAAGAAGUCUUCACGGAACUUGAUCGCAUCUUUUGA